AUGAAACUCUUUCUAUUUAUUGUCAUUUGCCUCAUCUUAUCAUUACAAGUAUGCAUGAGCCAACAAUCCAUUGCAUACAAUAUUCCCGAUCCAGAUUGUACAGGCGUUUUCAAUCUAUGUACAGAUGCAGACAAAGAUCGACUGGGACGUUUAGCGAUCAAAGCCAUUCACGAGCAAAUGGAUGAUGAUAAAGAUGGCAUGAUUGAAGCAUCAGAGAGUAGUGAGGUAAGUUGAGCCAUUAGAAAGAGUUACUCUCACUUCCCAUAGAAUAUAUCUGUCAGCAACGGAAUACAAGAAUAUACUUGUUAGGUUCAUAAAUCGUUUGUUCUAUUGCACGCGUCCACAUGAUAUUUGAUCGUUCAUUU